AUGCCGGCCCAAGAAAAGUCUAUCCCUGCAUGCAGUCGCUGUCGGAAAAGGAAGACACGAUGUGAUGCAAGCCGACCACUGUGUGGCCCAUGCCGGCGCAGUGGUGUCUCAUGUCUAUACUUUGAUUCAGAGGCCAAGACCGAGCUACCACGUCAGCAUAUUUGUGACUUGGAGGAGACUUUACGUGCAUUGGAAUUAGAGCAUAGCACUCUCAUCAAUGGCUCGUCCUUCAACUCGGCACCAGACACAGACACGUUGGCUGGCACUGCUGCUAUCACAGCUAGUAUUUCAAACACUGCAGAUGGUCACUGGCAUGGUAGCCAUACUGACCUAAUCGAUGUUGGCCAUGCUCGAGGGGAGGCUCACUAUGUCGGGAGUUCGAGUGGGCUGCACAUUGCUCGUGCGGUGCUUGAGACAGCCGAGCGGAACUCCUCCACAUUGGGAGGAAUGGAUGAACAUGAUUCUGUAGCCGAAAUUCACGAGUCGACGACCCUCAAUCAGAGCCCGGUAACGACCCUGCCUCUACAGGAAACGGCUAUGGAGCUUGCUUCUGUCUUCUUCAACCAGUUCCAAGUCCAGUACCCUAUCUUGGAAGAGACCACCUUCAUGGCCAAUAUUUCUCAAAUCUAUGGAAAUAGGGACCCUGGAGUGUCCACCGGAUCCAACUUUCAGCAACUGUUCGUCCUGAGAUUGGUGCUGGCAAUCUCAUUGCAUUGCCUUUCGAAGACCACUCCCGCGGCUGGUAGCCUGGCUAGUAACUACAGUACGAUUGCCCUGAAGGAGCUGCCUGAUAUUCUUCUACGCAGGGAUUUACAAUCCCUACAGUGUCUUCUGCUAGUCCUCCUACUGUCGCUCUUGCAGCAAACGCAGCUCCCGAUAUGGUAUAUUUCCGGUAUGUGUACCAGAUUAUGCAUAAACUUAGGCUUGCACAACGAAAAGUCCAUAAAGGCAUCUACAAUCGAGGUCCUGGGCGAAGACUCUGAUCAAGAAGUGGAUUGUAAGCGUCGACUCUUCUGGGUAACAUACAUCUUUGACCGUACGCUUGGUUCAGUUCUCGGUCGACCUAUUACUAUUCUAGAAGACAUGAUCGACGUUGAUUAUCCGGUCUCUACCAUUACCCAACAAAGGCGAGGGCAGACCGUACAUUGGUUGAAAUUACAGAGACUACGGACAGAGAUUCUGCAACGGCUAUACGGGCCGGAAGCAGCAUCAAAGCUGGAUGUGUCCGAAACCAGCGACGACAUGAUCUUUCGGGCACAAAUGUCGGAGAAACUGGCUUCGUGGUUCCGCGAAAGUACCCUUCUGGCAACUCAGGGUCCCUAUGACUUGCACUGGUGGAAUUAUUGGCGCUGCAACACUCUCUUAUUCCUGCAUCGGCCUGCCAUGAGAAAUACUCGAAUAGAUAUGGUGGCCUACACAACAGCACUCGAGUUCAUUCAGCUUUCGUUUGUGCGGCUUCACCAGGAGAACGCGACUCUCACAUGGCUUGAUAUGCAAUAUCAAAUCAACGCUGGUACAAUGCUACUAUUCGCAAUCUGGAGCUGUUCAGAGGUGCGAGAGAGGUCGAAAAGAGAAUGGGUGAUGGUGAGGAGCUGCUUAGUGCAAUGGGAACAGCUGCUGUCAGCAUCUGUCCAAAAGUGGCCCAGAGGCAGCCGCGCAAAGGGAAUUUUAGUGGCUCUCAAGGACUCGACCGUGGUACACCUCGAGAAGGAGUUAAUGGGAAUUUCUGUGCACGAGGUUUCCCGCCACGACCUAACCCGUCAGAAGAGCUAUCAGGCUAUAAGCCAAGAAGCGCUCCUCACGCGAGAUAACAACAGCCUAGCAAGAUCUUAUGAUGACCCAUCCGCAACCGAAGCCGAUCAUGUACCUUACAGCUCGCAAUGGGGCUUGAAUCCCACAAUACAGGCUUCCGAGUUUGAGGUCUUCAAUGAAUUGACCUCGCAGGAUGCGCCAGAUCUCGAGCACGCUUCGAAUGGCGAAUUCAUGAAUCCUCAGAGUCUAGACAGAACGGAUAACGAUUGUGGCCCUGCUGAACCACGAAUUUCGUGGAACACUUCUACGGCUGCGACACAGUGGGCAGAUCAGGCAUUUGGCAUGAUCGAUGGUUUUGACGACGGAUUCUUUUACCAGGGCGCGACCAUUUUCCCAGGAUUCAAUGACCAUGAACAAACCUACAUGGAGAGUGUUCUUAACUUUCACACCGCAUACUCAGACUGA